CUAGCCAAGAAGGAUCUGAUGACCAAGCUGAUCGUGGCCGAUCAAAUGCCGUCGGGUCCUGCAUCAGCGGAUGGCUCGCGCGAGGCUGCAGUGGCGGCUACUGAGUUGGCGUCGACCUCCAAGGAUGGGCUCGUCAACACUUCGCUGUCUCGCCGCUUUCUCUUGGACAAGGAGAAAAAGGGUGCUUGGAGGUUUCUAGGAAAUAUGGAAUGCUUGCAGAUUAAGAAGUCCCCUGAACAUGGGGAGGAUGAAGUUACUGAUACUGAUUCAAAGUUAAAGGGUAAGGAAAUCUUUGGAGCAAAAUCUUCAUGUGUAUCUUCGACUAGAACAGUUGGAGAUGCAAACAAGGAUGGACAAGUAGGCCCUUGCAUGAAUGAUGUGAAGAGUUUGACUCAUCUUUUUGUUAUGGUUUGCGGGAAUACAGUUUCAGUUCAAGAAGAUUUGAAUGUCAUUACUGUAAAACAAUUUAUCAAGACUGCAUGCCAAAAGAUAGGGGUCCAUGCUUAUGAUUUCUAUGCUGUUUAUGGUGGAAAGCCAUUAAAGGAUGACAAACUUAUGUCAUGCUACCCCAUAUACAAAGAUUCUACAGUUUCCUUGAGGCAAAGGUUAAGGGCUGGCUCACCCCGUGUUAUGUUCUUCAAAUGCUAUACAUUUGAUGAAAUGAUUGAGAGUCGGAAAGGUGGUCUUUUUCAUGUAGUCUAUUUAUCUCAGCACGCAACAAACAAAUUUACUCAAAUUGGCCAAGUUACUUACCUAUCAGACUACUAGCAGUACAUCAUUCAUGAAGUCUUGAUUUACAUCUGUGGAAAACAUCGCGAGGGCUUGAGUUUCAAUGGAAAUUUUGAAAGCACUGAUAUAAUGUUUUGUUCUGGGAGAGUUAAGAUUGCAAAACAUGUCCACAGAAUGAAUUUUAGUAAAGAUACAUGUGGCAGCGAUUAUAUCAAGCUUUAUGAGAUAUUUGGAGAGGCUUUCACUGUUGGGAUAAAGGAAGGUCAGCAGGUGUUUCCUAUGUACUUUCCAAACUUGCUAUCUUAUCUGUUUGAUUGCCCUGCUGGUGAGAACUCAAACAAUGAGCUUGCAAUGACAUUCUUGACAAAUCAUCCUGCAUUGGCAUCUUAUAUGGAUAGAAUAAAGCAAUGCACUUUAUUGGACAAUAUGGUGGAUUCACUUGUACCUGGGGAUCGUUCGUCUCUUGCACAAAGUAUUUUCUGUACUGUGAAUUGGAAUAAAAGUUUAAGGGAUGUUCCAGGAAUGAAUAGUGUUUAUUUACACAAUUCAACCGUUCAUCCAGAAACUCAUGUGAGGAAGGUGAAUCCAAGAUAUAUACGUACUCUAUUUGGAUGCUUGCACUAUUCAGGAAAUUAUUUUAGCCAUGCUCAUGAUCAUCAGUUGAAUCUAGAAGAAGCUGAUGCAGCGUUUGCGGAAAACAUCGGUGACUUCUUACCAUGGAUACUACAAUCAAUUGUGGUGAAGGGAAUCAUUAAACAGAAAUUUAAUGCUCCGCAUUUUGACAUCUUAAACUACUUGGGAACAACCUUGCUAAUAAGAACAAUGGGAAGAAACUUCCAGGUCAGGAGACAGGGAAUUAAUGUAAUCGUGUGCAUCAGAAAUUGGAUCAUGGAGCCGCGAGAGAGCAUAAACAUGGCCAGCAGACUAUGACCAAGCUACCGAAGUCCUUACAAUACCUUCUCAGUUGCAUCUCUCGAGGCUUUGAUACUUUGAGGCUUUCAGCAGUACUCCUGUAGGUUGUCUGUUUUGUAAAGAUUAUAAGUCACUAUAAAGAUACGAAGAACGAAAUAUUACCUACCAAAUACAAACUAUUUUGAUAUAACUGUUAACUUGAAAUAUUUGUGAAUUUUACUCUCGUGUAUCAAAUUUAUGGCAGUUGCG